AUGGACUCGUCUGAGGAUGAGGGAAGUGGGGCAACAGGCACUCUCCCUCCUCCCCUAACUCUGCCGCGCAAUGCAGUACCAAACGAAUCAGAAUCUGAACCUGCAAAGAAGGUUGUACGUGUCCCAAUGGCCAGGAAAGGUUUUGGAUCUAAAGGGCAGAAGAUAUCUAUUCUCACAAAUCACUUCAAAGUGAAUGUUGGAAGUGUUGAUGGACAUUUCUUCCAUUACAGUGUUUCUCUUUCUUACGAAGAUGGUCGCCCAGUGGAUGGGAAGGGUGUUGGAAGAAAGGUGAUAGAUAAGUUGCAUGAGACCUACAGCAGUGAGUUGGCUGGAAAGGACUUUGCAUAUGAUGGGGAGAAGAGUUUAUUUACUGUUGGUCCUCUCCCAAGUACCAAGCUUGAGUUUCCUGUUGUACUUGAGGAUGUUACAUCCAACAGAAACAAUAGGAAUGCAAGCGCUGAUGGCUAUGAAAGCCCAAAAGAGCGUGGAAGGAAGAUAGUAAGACGCAUGCAUCAGUCAAAGACUUUUAACGUGGAGAUUAGCUUUGCCGCAAAGAUUCCCAUGCAAGCCAUUCAAAAUGCUCUGUAUGGACAACAAUCAGAAAACUCACAACAAGCCCUGAGGGUGCUAGAUAUCAUUUUACGGCAGCAUGCUGCAAAACGGUUCUCAUGGAAGCAGAAGAGUACGAAGAAUGAGACUGGUGAAGCUGAGACUGUAGAGAUUACUGUUUAUGAAUAUUUUGUCACCCAUCGCAAGAUACAGUUGGAUUAUUCUGCAGAUUUGCGAUGCAUUAAUGUUGGCAUGCCAAAUCGGCCAACAUAUAUUCCUAUGGAGCUCUGCACUUUGGUGUCCUUGCAACGCUACACAAAAGCGCUAUCCACUUUCCAAAGAGCUUCGCUAGUCAAAAAAUCAAGGCAGAAGCCUCAAGAAAGACUGAGUAUCUUGUCUAACGCUUUGCAUAACAGUAAUUAUGGUGCGGAACCAAUGCUGCGUUCAUGUGGUGUUUCUAUCAGCUCUAAUUUCAUCCAAGUGGAAGGCCGUAUUCUGCCAGCUCCAUGGAUAAGAGUGGGCGAUGGUGAACAUUUCUUGCCACGGAAUGGGCGAUGGAAUUUCAACAAUAAGAGAUUUGUGGAGCCAACUAGGAUUGAAGAUUGGGGUGUUGUUAACUUCUCGGCACGUUGUGAUGUAAAUAAACUUGUGCGGGAUCUGAUGAGAUGCGGAGAAAUGAAAGGAAUUCGUGUAGAUAGUCCAUUAGGUGUGUUCACAGAGAUGAAUGAGAACAGACGUCUCUCUCCUUUGGGUAGAGUGGAGAAGAUGUUUGAUGAGCUGCAAUCUAAACUUACUCAUAAAACUCCACGGUUCCUUCUCUGUCUGCUGCCCGAUAGGAAAAUUUCCGGUCUUUAUGGUCCAUGGAAGCGAAAGAAUCUGGGUCACUUUGGCAUAGUCACUCAGUGUAUGGCUCCAACUAGGUUCAAUGACAAGUACCUUACGAAUCUGCUUCUCAAGAUCAAUGCAAAGCUCGGAGGACUGAAUUCAAUGUUAUCAAUUGAACAAACGCUUUCAUUCCCUGUCGUUUCAAGUGUUCCAACUAUGAUCCUUGGCAUGGGUGUGUCACAUGGCUCUCCUGGGCAGUCCGAUGUCCCGUCAAUAGCUGCGGUGGUUAACUCCAGGCAGUGGCCUUCGAUUUCCCGCUAUAGGGCAUCUGUUCGGACACAGUCACCCAAGGUUGAAAUGAUAGAUUCACUAUUCAAACGAGUGUCUGACCAGGUGGAUGGAGGUCUUAUGAGGCAGGCUGUAUUGGACUUUUAUAGAAGUUCAGGACAGAGAAAGCCUACUCAAAUCAUCAUAUUCAGGGAUGGGGUUAGCGAGUCACAGUUCAACCAAGUUUUGAACACUGAACUGGGUCAAAUUAUUGAGGCUUGCAAGUUUCUUGAUGAGAAUUGGAACCCCAAGUUUGUGGUCAUUGCAGCACAAAAAAGUCAUCAUACAAGGUUUUUCCAGCAGGGAUCUCCUGAUAAUGUUCUACCUGGAACUGUGAUAGACAACACAAUUUGUCAUCCACAGAACAAUGACUUUUAUCUAUGUGCACAUGCUGGAAUGACUGGAACCACAACUACCCAUUAUCGUCUCUUAGAUGAGAGGUGGAUAUUCGUCGACGAUCUGCAGGAACUUGUCCAUUCUCUAUCAUAUGUGUAUCAAAGAAGUACCACUGCCAUAUCAGUAGUUGCUCCUAUUUGCUAUGCGCAUUUGGCAGCUUCGCAGUUGGGGACUUUCCUGAAGUUUGAUGACGCUCCUGAGACAUCCUCAAGCCAUAGUGGGGUGACUGCUCCUGGAACCGUACCUGUUCCGCAGCUGCCGUGGUUGAACAAGAAUGUCUCCGAUUCUAUGUUCUUCUGCUGAGACCUUUGGACCAUGUUUUCUAUAGGCUUUUGGUUUUACCAACAACUGAUCUGAAACUCUUUUUAAGUAUAUUUAACCUUUAGAGUUAGGGCUAUGGCAGACUUGUUCUGAUGAUGAUGUGCUGUUCUCUGAAUCAUCAUCCAUUUUGAUUAUAAACUUUUUGGAUGCUUAGCCCCUAACGUAUCUAAAGAUAUGAAUGCUUGACUAGGUAAUUCACAGUGGCUUUUUCUGUUUGGUUUAGAGAAGUGGUUAUACUA